AUGGAGUCAGAUCCUCUUCUCUUCCCCAAUCUGAGAACCCCUGUGAACACGGUCACAGGGAAACCUCUGCGAGCUGCUGCUGCUGGCACAAGCCAUGGAUGCAGCUUCCAUAGGGAAAAUCCCGACAGCCGGGAUGUGGGAGCAGGGAAGGGGGCCAGCAAAGCCUCUGGCUCUGGGGGGACACGGCCAGAGGGUGUCCCGACAGCGCGGGCUCCUUUUCCCCUCCUCUCCAAGCCAAACAGAGUUCGUGCCCUUUUUUGUUCCUUUGUUUUGCACAAAGGCUUUCCCAGAAAAACGAUGCGGGGCUUUUCCUUGGCUUUCCUGGAAGGAGAAUCACCCCGCGCUCCUUUUUUGGGGGGUCCCGGCGGCCGGGGGGGCGCGACCCGGUGUGACAUCCGCGCUCGGGCUGUGCCACCUCCUGGUGGCAGCGGGCGGUGCAUCCCUGGAUCCCUGCGCUCCUAAAUCCCUGCAUCCCCGCAUCCCUGCAUCCCGGACUCCUGGCGUCCCCGAAUCCCUACGUCACUGAAUCCCUGAAUCCUUGCAACCCUGAAUCCCUGUAUCCCCACAUCCCUCCAUCACUGCAGCCCCACAUCCCUGCAUCUCUGUGUCCCUGAGUCCCCACAUCCCUCCAUCCCUGCAUCCUUGCAUCCCUGUGUCCCCAUAUCCCUGCAACCCUGAAUCCCUGCAUCCCUGUGUCCCUGAAUCCCCGCGUCCCCACAUCCCUGAAUCCCCACAUCCCUGAAUCCCUGCAUCCCCACAUCCCUCAAUCCCUGCAUCUCUGAAUCCCCACAUCCCUAA